GCUGAGUAGAGCAGCAGCUGCAGUUGCAGCGGAGCCGAGACAUUGUGAGGCACCCUGGCCAGUCCUGGCGCCGGCCACAGUCUUAUCACCCGGCUCCGCCAAGGGAGAGAGAAAACAGCAGGCGCCACAGCCGCGGCGGCGAGGGGACCCGGAGAACUCAACUUUCCCCCCCUCGCGUGGCUGCCAACAAGAGAGAGCCUGCCCAGCGGGGCUGCUGCAGGGGUCGCCACCAUGAGGAGGCUCGGAGGCUCCCUCCCGCCGCCUGUGCUGCUGCUGGGGCUGCAGUUCGGAGCUCUUUUCUACGGAGGAGGCGUACGUAGCAGUGCUGAAUGUUCCUGCGGACGCAACCACUUUACCUGUGCAGUCAGCGCCUUUGGUGAUUGCACUUGUAUCCCAGCACAAUGGCAGUGUGAUGGUGACAAUGACUGUGGGGACCAUAGUGAUGAAGACGGUUGCAUGUUGCCCACUUGCUCCCCAUUGGAUUUUCACUGUGACAAUGGCAAGUGUAUCCGUCGUUCAUGGGUCUGCGAUGGAGACAAUGACUGUGAAGAUGAUUCUGAUGAGCAAGACUGCCCACCACGGGAAUGUGAGGAGGAUGAAUUCUCAUGUCAGAAUGGAUACUGCAUACGUAGUCUGUGGCAUUGUGAUGGUGACAACGACUGUGGGGACAACAGUGAUGAGCAAUGUGAUAUGAGAAAGUGUUCAGACAAAGAGUUCCGCUGCAGCGAUGGCAGCUGUAUAGCUGAACACUGGUUCUGUGAUGGUGAUACAGAUUGCAAGGAUGGCUCAGAUGAAGAAAACUGCCCGUCAGAUAUCCCAGCUCCAACAUGUAGCCUGGAGGAGUUCCAAUGUGCAUACGGCCGCUGCAUCCUGGACAUCUACCAUUGUGAUGGAGAUGAUGACUGUGGGGACUGGUCCGAUGAAUCUGACUGCUCCUCUCACCAACCUUGCCGUUCAGGGGAGUUCAUGUGCAACAGUGGUUUAUGCAUCAAUGCUGGGUGGAGAUGUGAUGGCGACUUUGACUGUGAUGACCAGUCAGAUGAAAAAAACUGCACUACAUCCAUGUGCACAGCUGACCAGUUCCGCUGUAAAUCCGGCCGAUGUGUCCGCCUGUCGUGGCGCUGUGAUGGAGAGGAUGAUUGCUCUGAUAACAGUGAUGAGGAAAACUGUGAGGAUACAGGAAGCCCACAAUGUGCCUCUGACCAGUUUCUGUGUGGAAAUGGGCGCUGCAUUGGCCAAAGAAAGCUGUGCAAUGGUGCAAACGACUGUGGAGAUGGCAGUGAUGAGAGCCCAGACCAAAACUGCCGUCCUCGAACUGGAGAGGAAAACUGUGAUUUAAACAAUGGGGGCUGUGCCCAUAAGUGCCAGAUGAUUCGAGGGACGGUGCAGUGUACCUGCCACACUGGCUACAGGCUCCUGGAGGAUGGCAGAUCAUGUCAAGAUGUGAAUGAAUGUGCAGAGGAAGGUUAUUGCAGCCAGGGAUGCACCAACAGUGAAGGUGGUUUCCAAUGCUGGUGUGAACAAGGCUAUGAACUUCGCCCAGACAAGCGCCGCUGCAAAGCCCUGGGGCCAGAGCCUGUGUUGCUUUUCGCCAAUCGUAUUGAUAUCCGGCAGGUCUUGCCCCACCGCUCAGAGUACACCUUACUCUUGAACAACCUAGAGAAUGCCAUUGCGCUUGAUUUCCACCACAGCAAAGAGUUAGUGUUCUGGUCUGAUGUCACGCUAGACCGCAUCAUGAGAGCUAACCUGAACGGCAGCAAUGUAGAAGAGGUGGUGUCCACAGGGCUGGAGAGUCCAGGUGGACUGGCUGUUGAUUGGAUCCAUGACAAGUUGUACUGGACUGACUCUGGGACAUCUCGUAUUGAAGUGGCAAACUUGGAUGGGACCCACAGGAAGGUGCUUCUCUGGCAAAACCUAGAAAAGCCUCGAGCAAUUGCUCUUCACCCCAUGGAAGGCACCAUCUACUGGACUGAUUGGGGAAAUACUCCUCGCAUAGAAUACUCAAAUAUGGAUGGCUCCAAUAGGCGUAUCAUUGCUGACACACAUCUUUUCUGGCCAAAUGGGCUAACCAUUGACUAUGCCGGACACCGGAUGUACUGGGUAGAUGCCAAGCAUCAUGUCAUUGAGAGGGCUGACUUGGAUGGGCAGAACAGGAAAGCUGUUAUUAGCCAAGGCCUUCCACAUCCUUUUGCUAUCACAGUGUUCGAAGACAGCCUUUAUUGGACUGAUUGGCAUACCAAGAGCAUAAACAGUGCAAACAAAUUUACUGGCAAGAAUCAAGAGAUCAUUCGCAACAAGCUUCACUUCCCCAUGGAUAUCCAUACGCUGCACCCUCAACGUCAACCAGCAGUAGGGAGAAAUCGCUGUGGAACUAACAAUGGGGGCUGCACUCAUCUGUGCCUACCAAACAGCAAGGAUUACUCCUGCGCCUGUCCCACAGGCUUUCGGAAGACCAGCAGCCAUGCUUGUGCCCAGAGUCUUGACAAGUUCCUGCUUUUUGCCCGAAGGAUGGACAUCCGUCGUAUCAGCUUCGACACAGAAGACCUGUCUGAUGAUGUUAUCCCUUUGGCUGAUGUGCGUAGUGCUGUGGCUCUGGACUGGGAUGCAAAGGAUGAAUAUGUCUACUGGACAGAUGUUGGCACUGAUUCCAUUAGUCGGGCAAAAUGGGAUGGAACAGGACAAGAGGUUGUGGUGGACACCAGCCUGGAAAGCCCAGCUGGUCUGGCUAUUGAUUGGGUCACCAACAAGCUGUAUUGGACUGAUGCAGGGACAGACCGGAUAGAGGUGUCCAAUACAGAUGGGACUAUGCGAACUGUGCUGAUAUGGGAGAACCUAGACAGACCUAGAGACAUUGUGGUAGACCCUGUUGGAGGAUUCAUGUACUGGACUGACUGGGGGGCUAGCCCGAAAAUCGAGCGUGCAGGAAUGGAUGCUUCUGGUCGCUUGGUGAUCAUCUCCUCUAACCUGACCUGGCCCAAUGGACUAGCCAUUGACUAUGAGUCUCAGCGCCUUUAUUGGGCAGAUGCUGGUAUGAAGACUAUUGAGUUUGCUGGACUGGAUGGCUCUGACAGGAGGGUAUUGAUUGGAAGCAAUCUCCCUCACCCCUUUGGACUUACUGUUUAUGGAGGUCAGAUCUACUGGACUGAUUGGCAGGUGAAGAGCAUUCAGAGUGCUGAUAAAAGGACAGGGCAGGAUCGUAAAACUCUACAGGACAACCUGGAAAACCUGAUGGAUAUCCAUGUCUUUCAUCGGCGUCGGCCUACAGCAUACACACCAUGCAAAGUUGAUAAUGGUGGAUGCAGUCAUCUUUGCCUUCUGGCCCCUCUCCCUAAGGGUUACAGCUGUACUUGUCCCACCGGGAUCAACCUACAGCCAGAUGGCAAGACUUGCUCACCAGGGAUGACCAGCUUCUUGAUUUUUGCCAGAAGGUCAGACAUUCGCCUGGUUUCUCUUGACAUCCCAUAUUUUGCUGAUGUGGUUGUCUCAGUCAAUGUUACCAUGAAAAACACCAUUGCUGUUGGAGUGGAUCCUCUGGAAGGAAAGGUUUAUUGGUCAGACAGUACACUGCGGAAAAUCAGCAGGGCUGCCCUGGAUGGCUCCCAGUAUGAAGAUAUCAUUACUACAGGGCUACAGACCACAGAUGGAUUAGCAGUGGAUGCUAUUGGUCGCAAAGUGUAUUGGACGGAUACUGGAACCAAUAGAAUUGAAGUGGGUAACCUGGAUGGGUCAAUGAGAAAAGUUUUAGUUUGGGAAAACUUGGACAGCCCAAGAGCCAUUGCACUGUAUCAUGAGAUGGGAUUUAUGUAUUGGACAGAUUGGGGUGAGAAUGCCAAACUGGAGCGAGCUGGGAUGGAUGGCUCCAAUCGUAGGGUGCUUAUCAGCAACAACCUGGGCUGGCCGAAUGGCCUAGCAGUGGAUAAAACUGGAUCACAGCUACUUUGGGCUGAUGCACACACUGAGCGUAUUGAGGCUGCGGACCUGAAUGGUGCAAACCGCCACACCCUGCUCUCACCAGUGCAGCAUCCUUACGGCCUCACUCUACUGGAUUCCUACAUCUACUGGACUGAUUGGCAAACUCGUAGCAUUCACAGAGCUGACAAAGAUACUGGUGCCAAUAUCAUCAUGGUCAGGGCAAACCUGCCUGGUCUGAUGGACAUCCAGGCUAUUGACAGGGGGCGUUCUCUUGGUGCUAACAAGUGUGGCAUGAGGAAUGGAGGAUGCUCACAUCUCUGCUUACCGCACCCUGAAGGCUUCUCUUGUGCCUGCCCUACUGGUAUCCAGCUAAAGAGCGAUGAGCAGACUUGUGACCCUUCUCCCGAAACAUACCUGCUUUUUUCCAGUCGUGGCUCCAUCCGGCGUAUCUCUCUAGAUACUAGCGAUCAUACUGAUGUUCAUGUUCCUGUCCCAGAGCUGAACAAUGUCAUUUCUCUGGACUAUGACAGUGUGGAUGGCAAAAUUUACUACACUGAUGUCUUCUUGGAUGUUAUCAGGCGAGCAGACCUGAAUGGUAGCCAUAUGGAGACAGUUAUUGGCCAGGGACUAAAGACAACAGAUGGCCUAGCAGUGGAUUGGGUGGCUAGAAACCUGUACUGGACAGACACAGGUCGCAACACAAUUGAAGUUGCAAAGCUAGAUGGCAGCUGUAGAAAAGUGCUAAUUAACAACAGUUUGGAUGAACCUCGAGCAAUUGCUGUCUUUCCCAGGAAGGGAUACCUCUUCUGGACAGACUGGGGGCACAUUGCUAAAAUUGAGCGUGCAAACUUGGAUGGUUCCGAGCGCAAGAUAUUGAUCAACGCUGAUUUAGGCUGGCCCAAUGGUCUGACCUUAGAUUAUGAUACCAGGAGAAUUUAUUGGGUAGAUGCUCACCUAGACCGCAUAGAGAGUGCUGAUCUCCAUGGAAAACUGCGUCAAGUGUUAGUCAGCCAAGUGGCUCAUCCCUUUGCCUUGACCCAGCAGGACAGAUGGCUUUAUUGGACUGACUGGCAAACCAAAUCUAUUCAGCGAGUGGACAAAUACUCUGGUCGGAACAAGGAGACAAUUUUGGCCAAUGUUGAAGGGCUUAUGGACAUCAUUGUAGUUUCUCCUCAGAGGCAGACAGGUACAAAUGCUUGUGGAGUGAACAACGGAGGUUGUACCCACCUUUGCUUUGCCAGGGUUUCUGACUUUGUUUGUGCAUGUCCGGAUGAACCAGAUGGACGGCCCUGCUCUAUUGUUCCUGGCAUAGUGCUACCAUUUCCUGGGACCACUAGUGCAACUAAGAAGAGUCAAACUCUGACUAGUGGACCAAGCUCAACAACAACCAAGCCUCACACAUCCUUGGAAACAGCUGAAGGAAACUGCUCUAACAAAGAGGCUGGCCGAGGUCUGUGCACUCAUGCAAAUGAAGCUGUGCUAGCAACCACAGGAGAAGGACUGCAUGUGAGUUAUGUUAUUGGAGGCCUUCUUAGCAUCUUGAUCAUUCUUUUGCUAAUUGGUGCUGUGAUUACAUACAGGCAUAAAAAGUCCAAGUUCACAGAACCUGGUCUGGGUAAUCUUACCUAUAGCAAUCCAUCCUACCGGACAUCUACCCAGGAGGUGAAGAUUGAAACUGUUCCCAAGCCAGCUAUGUAUAAUCAGUUAUGCUAUAAGAAGGAGGUGGGUCCUGAUCAUGACUACACCAAGGAAAAGAUCAAGAUCGUAGAAGGGAUAUGCCUCUUGCCUAGUGAUGAGUCUGAAUGGGACGACCUAAAACAGAUACGGAGUUCUCGGGGGUGUAUUCUCCGAGACCAUGUUUGUAUGAAGACUGACACGGUCUCAAUCCAAGCCAGUUCUGGCUCACUGGAUGACACUGAAACUGAGCAACUGUUGCAGGAGGAGCAGUCUGAAUGCAGCAGCAUCAGUGCAGCAGCUACUCCGGAGCGUCGUGGUUCCCUCCUAGAUACAGGCUGGAAGCACCAACGCAAACCCUCAACAGAGAGUGAGGUCUAAAGCACAUGCAGAGACAUUUGUCCCACCUUCUCUGUCAUCCUUCACAGUGAAGAAAUAGUAUGUUGCCUGCUAUUCAAGGAGGAACUCAGAGACUUGUGUUACUUGGAGCCCUGAGACUGACUUUGUCCAAGACUGUGCUCGUGUGGCUGGUUGGAUGCAAUCCAGAGACCCUUUUGGCUCACUGUUAAUCUUUAUUUAUAUGUUUCCUUCCCCUAGAAGCUGUGGUGUUAAAUUCAACAGCAAGUUUUCUCAGCUAAGUCUCUGAUGAAGCUUUCAUUUGGUUCAGUGCACAAGCUGGUCAAGGACUCUGUGCCACCAGUAGCCAUAUUGGAGUGACGUUUCUGGACUAUAUCAGUUCCUGAUACCUGUGACCUGUAUUCAGAGACCAUUGGCACUAAUUAGAUUUUGCACUGCACUCUUUCUACCUUUAGGCAAAAGUGUUGGGACCAGGUGGUGAUUUCAGAAGCAAGGAGGUGAUGUUACAGCCAGUUUUUUCUGCAGGUAACUUGUUCAGGGAGAGCAACAACUGAUUUUUGCAGGGGCCACUAAAAUCACUGCCAUCUUUUCCAGCUUCUGCUGGAAGCUGGGGGACUGUUGCCAAAUUCAAACCAAGGUGUGAGGAAUUUAAGGGAGAAAGCAUUCAGUCUGUUGCUGGCAAUAGACAUUGGUCCUGGUGUGAGUCCAGUUCAUUGUGCCAAACUCCUACUCCCUUUCUAAAACCCAUUUCUUGUUUUUGAAGAUAAAGCUUCCAUAUCUGUUUCAGGAGGGAGGGGCUAAUUUUACAGUGCUUCCCAUUAGCAAGGAAAGUGCUGGAUGCAACUGGAUUUAUGCAUCAUAACUUUGUUAGUCAAUUCACACAGGAGCAUCCUCUGGAAAUGUGUAGUUCUGAAAACAAGUUGGCCUAUAGAAUGCAGUUGGAAACAAAGUGUAAUCAAAUGCCAAAUGCAUACUUCAGCCUCAACCUAGCUGCUGCUUGAGGUGGAAUGGUGCUUGCCAUGUAGGUUGAACAGUGGGAGUGUGGUGUCAAAAAGUGGAUGUGUGCAACUGAAAGGUAAUGAACGUAGGGAGAUAGGAGAGAACAUAUGUAUAACAAGACAGGAGGUACACUGUUAAUUGUUUUGCUGUGUAACAUGCCUUCCACCAUCUCUUAGAACUAGGUAAAAUGUUCCUGUUAUUCCCAUGCUAUGAAAGGAGAUCUUGAAACCCUUUCCAGAAAAUGUGUUUAUCAGGUAGGGUAUGUACAACCAAACCUCACUGGGCAAGAUAGCACUCCCAUUGCAAGGAAGUCAUAUUUGCCCAGACCUGUUGGCUGUGCAGUAUUUAAUCUCCAGGGAAAAAGCAACAGUUCCUCAUGCUCCAACUUGCAAGUGCUGUGGUUCAAGAAGUACUGCAUGGGCUGAGAUUGUGCGAAUGUCUGAGAUAUCAUUGUGAUUAAUAGCACAAGUCCUCUGAACCUGUACCACUCUGUGAUUUCUUAUUCCUUUCUCAAGUGGGGAAGGAAGAAGUAUGCUAUUUCAAAAGAAAGGAGUGAUGAACAUUUGCAAGGGAAUUCCCUUUUCCUUAUCAAAGCUGCCCAUUAAUUAAAACCUCCCCCUCCCCCACAUCCAUGACUGCUCUUCUGCAUAAUUUUUCCAUCAUCAAGGGCACAUUCACUCUCAUGCAUCCUGUGGGAUAAAAUGUACAUAUACACCUCGAAGCAUAAUACUGUAUGUGCACAUAGUUUUUAAAACUAGUUUUAAAUACAUUUUACUUCCGUUAUACUCCACUUUUCCCCUAGUGGGAACUCAAAGCAGCUUACACUGUUCUCCUGUCUUCCAUUUUAUCCUCUUAACAACUCUGUGUGGUAAUUUAGGCAGUGUGUGUGUAACUGGCUCAAGGUCACCCUGCCAAGCUUCCAUGGCUGAGUGGGGAUUCAAACCUGGAUCUCCCAGAUCAUAGUCCAACAUCCUAACCACUAUACCACAUCAGCUUUCAAAUGUACUUUCUCAGCCAUAUGGAUCAUAUGGGUCCAUAUAUUAGAGAGCAGAGAUUUGCCAGAGCUUCUACCAUACACACAUAAAUGUGUUGGUGGUGCAGAGUUCAAAGUAGCCCUAUGCGGCACAUCCUUGUUCCUUCUAAGUGGUCCACAGGCUACAUCAGACCGGCCAUGCCUUUUUCCUCCCAACCCAAAGCAUCAUAGUUUACCUUUUGUGUUUCCACCUGUUCGUAUUUUGAGGAAAUACUGGCUAGUGGCUUUUGGCAUAUGUAUGGUGUUCCUGAAGAACAGGAAAAUUGUCCGGAGAGCAGCAGGUAUGUAAGGCAACCUCAGGGCAACCUCAGGGCAACCAGUCUUCAGGCAAGUUGGGCCAGCCUGACAGUUUUAAUUAACACUACCUUUCACAACUUUUAACUGAUUGAUAGCAGUUUUAAAUCCAAACUCUGGAGUCUUUUCCCCAUCAAAUGAUGAAUAUACAUGAAUCCAUAUAGCAAGUGGCUACAAAUUUUCCACUCCCUCCUCUAAGCAACUUAAAACAGAUUACCGUGGUGUUAACUCAAAAUAUACCUGUGUUUCAUCUGUGGUAAGAUAUCAUCAUGGAAAAAGGCUUGGCAAUUUCCAGGUGGGGUCUGAUUUCCCAAAUUACAACUGAUCUCCAGACUUAUAGAGAUCAGUUCCCCUGAAGAAAAUGGCUGCUUUGAAAGGUGGACUCUAUGGCAUUAUACCCCACUGAGCUCCCUCCCUAAACCCUAUCUUCCCAAAGGCUACACCCCUAAAUCUCCAGGAAUUUUUAAACCCAAAGUUGACCACCUUAUGUAAUAAAUUAUAUGUCUGAAUGGAAGUUAGAAUCCAGGUCCAAGUCCAGAUCUCCCCAAUGCAAGUCCAGUGCUCUGUUGCCACACUAGCUCUCUAAACAGUCCACACAUACCACCUACACAAUACCAAUCCUGUUUCCCUUUGUCCUUUUGGAAAGAAAAUCUUGCACAUUCCCAUAAAAAUGCAGCAGUGGAGGAGAGUGUUCCAUGAAAGGGUAACAUAAAAAGGAAAGUUUUCUUUCUUUGGGCAGAAUUUACAGUUGUCUCUUUUGGAAAAGGACACUGUGGAAAACUUGCUUGUUACAUCUUGGUGCCUUUUCAAUUGUGUGAGGCUUAUAGGUUAAAUUGCCAAACCCUGUCUGAUGUGCAUCCCUAUGAAAAAAUGGUAGAGAUUGAGAUUUGGAGCUAUUUUUGUUUCAUGAGAAUUUUUCUCUACUUCUAGGAGAAAAAAAUUAGAUUUAUAUUUAUUUUAGUUGGCACCAAGCUCUUGUCCACUGAAACUUUCUCAGAUUAAGAGAGGUGGCAGUUAAGUCUUAGCAAGGAGUAUAGCUGUACUUGGGCAAAAUCUGAGGACCUGUGCAUCUGUAGAAAAGAUCUAGGAAGGAUGAAGCCAGGCUUCUAACAUCAGUGAGGGCAAUAUGGCUAAAAAAAGGUACAGGCGGUCUUGUCCAAAGCAGUAAUGUUGAGUUUUAAGAUAGAGGCUAGAAGACAGUAACAGAAAGCUACCCAUCCCUUCAGAACCUUGGUGGAAUAAUAGAAAUGAGUGUUUAAGCUGAAGGUUAUAUGUUUUUCCUAGCUACUUAAAAUAACUUUCACUAGAAAGUACUCUCCUUGUCUAAGAAAGUGAGCCUGCUAUUGCACAUUCCAGUCCCGAGUCUAUUUCAACUUUCUUUGUCAAAACCUUUUGACUCCGUUCCACUCCCAGUGGCGUUCAUAAUGGCUGCAGGGGAUUGGAUCAGUGGCACUACAACAGAGUCCACAUGUGAAAUAAGCAAAGAUGAGAUUCCGUAUUCUGAUACAUGUGAGCAAGUAUUGGCUAGUGCCACAGGUUAAAGGGUUCUUGUGUGCUGAAAAGCAAAAUCUCUCAUUGCACUUGGACUUUAUAGAAUGUGGAAAGAUCAGAAGUGGGGGCAAUCUCUUGAGCACUGAUUUACUGUGUAAAAAAAGAAGUUUCUCUCCUGUCUGUCCUGAGCUAAUGGCAGUAAUUCCCCUGCAUUCCUCUGUAAUGGUUUUAACAUUACUCAUUGGAGAGAUUGGAUUUUUCUGAAGUUAUUUAACCACUAUGUUCAGUAUUUUAGAAACUGAUGAUAAUUUAAUAUAAAUUUAGCUUUUCUUAAUCACUCUGCUGGACUUUUGAGUUGUGAAUUUCAAAUGUUGCACAAGCAUAUCUCCUGAAGAAACAUACCAUAUAAACCCACAUUUUCUUUUAAGAAAUAAUUAACUUUGGCCUAAUGUAAUAGCAUAUGUACAUACAAAGCUACAUUUUAUUGAAUAAGACCAAUGGUCCCUCAAGGUCAGUAUUGUUUACUCCAACUAGUAGCAGCUCUCUAGGGUCUCAGAGACAAUGGGGAGUAAAUCUGGGACUUUCUGUAUAUCAAGCAGAUGCUCUACAACUAUGCCACAGCCCUUGCCUAGAAGAGUAAUGGGAGUUCACUGAUGUGACUAUUCUAUAUUUCUGUUUAUGGCACUAAAACUUUAAUUAAAGUCUAAUACUAGGAAUUUCAGAAGCUCAACUGAGAUAAGCUCUGGUUUGUUGCUUCCCUCUGACUUUCCUUAACAUAGAAAAAAGUUUAGCAUUUUUCAGUGAAUUAUCAGACUUUGACUAACCAUUCAUACAUUGUAAAUGGAAAGUUAACUUCAUCAAUGAUAUAUCUAAAACUCUCUUAUACCAGAAUUUAACUCAAAGGCUUGUGGCUGCUGCUUUCCAUUUUCUAGCACUUUAUAUUCUUGUCAUAGAGAUAAGGGAGAAUAUAACAUUUUAUAUUUUAAAAAAUUAUAUUGUCCUUGAAAAGUCUCAUAAAGAUAGACAUGUCUAGUUUUUUCACUGAUGUGAAUCCAAAACAGCUGCACAUAAUUACAUAACAGAAGAAAACAGAAGUGCUCAUGCUUGGUGUCAGUGGUUAAGCCAGUUUGGUGUAGUAGUUAAGAGCGCGGGACUCUUAUCUGGAGAGCCCGGUUUGAUUCCCCACUCCUCCACUUGAAGCCAGCUGGGGUGACCUUUGGCUAGUCGCAGCUCUCUGGAGCUCUCUCAGCCGCACUCACCUCACAGGGUGUUUGUUGUGGGGAUAAUAAUGGCAUACUUUGUAAACCGCUCUGAGUGGGCAUUAAGUUGUCCUGAAGGGUGGUAUAUAAAUCAAACAUUAUUAUUAUUAUGUAUAAUACAAAAACACAUCAAAAAUGGUUAAAAGAUUUAAUAUAAAACAUAUCAACAUAGCACUACAAAUAUGGAUGACAAAAUACAAUGUAUAAGCAAAAAUAUGACAAUGUCUUCAGCCAAUUUUACAAUGAUCAAAAAGUAUCUCACAACAGCAAGCCACACAUUCAGCCAAAAACACAGCUCUCAAGUUGUUAUGCAGCUAUUUUCAGUUACUCACACCGACUACAUCAGGUAUGAGAGCAAAAGGACUUAUUUGUUGUUGAUUCGUACCUGAUGCAGUGAGCAUGAGUAACUGAAAAUGGCUGCCUUGUUUUUGUAAGAAUUCAAAUUGUAUUUGUAUUAUUUGUGCAAUUUUAUAUCCACAGAACUGUAAGUGGUCUGAAUAUUUGCUGUGCCAAUCCCAUGUCUCUGACCAGUGUUGUUUGUUUAUGAACAACUGUGUGUUACUCUAAAUCUUAUUUACACACACUUUAAUUUUCUUUGCAUUAUUCCUCCAGUGAGUACUUCUGUUUUCUGCUGCUGUGGAAAUCAGUCUCCUUUGUUUUCCUUCAUAAUUACAUAACCACAACAUAUGACAGUAUUCUCCCUGCAACUGACAGCCACUCCAACAAUAAGGAGAAGAAAUAGCCAACAUGUUAUGUAGUUUUACUGGUUUCAUGUACCAUCUAUGUAUUUGUAAAGGAAAUUUCCCCAUUCUGCUUGUUUUAAAUGGCACUUGAAUCCAAAUUUAAUUCAAAAACUCAUUGGGAAUUAGGAUUGCCAGGUAGUGCCUGGCAACUGGCUGGAGGAUUGGGGGGCAGAGGCAGCCUCGUGUACUUAGUGCAAGUGACAAAGGGUAGCUCUAGAAACUGCUAGAAAUUCUAUGGUUUUACCAGAGUUUUCCAACCAUUCCUAGAGCCACCCUUUGUCACUUGCAGUAAGUACAUGAGGCUUAGAGUUGCCAGGGCUCCUUAACCUCUCACUGGGAGAGGGAGAUGCCUGACACUUACUUGGUAAUCUCCCACGUGCAUGCUUCCAGCAGGCAUAAUGAUGUCAUUUUGGGAAGUGACAUCAUCCUGCCUGUGGGGAGCCUGCCCAUUGCAUGCUGGCCCAGUAGGUUUUUGCCUCCCAGGCCUGUUCCCUGGGGCCUUCCUCUCCCCCUCCUCCACUGGCUAGGUGAGUGGCAGCAGGGGAUUGGAAGCCCAAAUGAGGUUGCAUUAAAAAAAAUCUUCCGUCACCACUCUGAGCCACGGCAGGCAAAGGUAUCUGGAAGCGGGGGAUCCUCCACUAUCACUGAGGGCUUGGAAAUCUAUUGAGAAUUUUAAUGUCAAGUUCAUUCUUCAGUAAUUCUUUCAAAACAAGCACAGAGUUAACAAAUUAUAAUUUCAUACAUUCUAGAAACCACCUCCGUCGUCUUUUUUUUACAUUGUUAUAUUAGAUGUUCAGAUGGACUUAAGAGAACAUGAGGCCUGUUCUAAAACUGUUGAGAUGGUAAUAAAAGGCCUGAGUUGAUGGCCUGAAUAUUUCUGCUUUACAAUAUAAAAGUCAUUUUUUCACUGUUAACAGGGUGCCCUAAUUCAACCGUUUUUUUCAAGCAGGUGUAAGUCCAUGUUGUUUUUAAAGUUGAGCAAAUUACUAGCAUAAAAGAGGUUUUUCCAUUAAUUAUUUCAAAGGUGACAUGAUGGUGGGCACCAAUUUAGUGCUCUAGAAUUUCUGGAUAUAUAGUAAAACUUUUGUUAAAGGAAAGUGGAUUAGCUCUAUUUUAUGGAAAGUGUUGUUUAAAAGGGAUGAAUUGAAUAGCAGAAAUGAUCGUUGCCACACUAAAACUUCCAAAGAUUUCUGAUUUAGCUUUGCUGUAAGGGCUACCCCGGAGACAAUUUGGCAUGCUUGAUAUUCUGCAAAGAAAUAAUGUUAGUAGUUAGUCAAUUGAUUCAUCUACAGUGUCAAUCAAAACCCUAAUACCAUAUAAUAUUUGGGGAAUUACUUUGGCAUUAAACGCUUUAAUUGUGCCAUGUAUAAAAUUCCCACACCAAGUAUGAAAUAAACGAAUUAAGGCAUUGCUGGAUACUUUCACUUUGUGUUUAAUACUUUUCACAAAAUUAAUAGUAACUUGCUGUUCCUAUAAAAACACAUCAGACCCAAUAUAGAACUCAUAAUUUAUCUGUUAACCAAACCAGCAACAGGAUUUUGACAGUCUUUAUAACCAAAGUGGUAAAAAUUGCCAUUUGUAAUGUUACCCAUUUAUUUCUGUCAGCAAGCAAUAUCACAAGUUCAUUCUGGUUUGACCUCUCUGGAUACCAUAAUAAAAUAUUCCUCAGAUACA